AUCCACACACUCACAAUGGCAGCAUCAACCAUCUCCCUCACCACCACCUUCUUCCACCACUACCACCAACCCACCACCACCACCACCAAACUAUCCACCCUCUUUGGAUUAAAACCCAACUCUGGCAGCCGCAUUCUAGGCGGAGUGACCAUGAUGGCGAGCUACAAGGUCACCCUUAUGACUCCAGAAGGGAAGAAAGAAAUGACUUGCCCUGAUAACGCCUACAUUCUUGACCAUGCAGAGGAGGCACUCGGUAUCGACCUACCCUACUCAUGCAGGGCCGGUGCUUGCUCUUCAUGCGUUGGAAAAAUCGUCUCCGGGACCGUUGACCAGUCCGAUGGAAGCUUUCUUGAUGAUGACCAGAUAGAGAAAGGCUUUGUGCUUACAUGCGUGGCUCUCCCUAAAAGUGAUGUUGUCAUAGAGACCCACAAGGAGAACGAGCUUGUUGAUUAGGUUUAAUAAGAUUUAUUUAAGUUUACAUAAUAAGUUUGAUGCAUGUGUGUCAAAAUGCGUUAUCAAUAAUACUUAUACAUGUUGCAUCAAAGUACCAUAGACAUUAUAAAUUUGUGCAGAUUCUCUAUCAUCUUCA